CAGACAAAACAUUUCUGUAUGUUACAUCGGACUCUCUUGUGUCCGAGACGUCUCAAAUUUUUGCUAUCUGCUAGUAAUUACAAGCGGCACAUUGCUCAGGUUCACGCUUUUGUAAUCACUUCCGGUUAUUUACUUAAUGGAAGCUCCAUUAGUCGCGAUCUCGUUGCCUCAUGUGGACGUAUCGGGGAGAUUUUUUAUGCACGUAAGGUGUUCGACGAAUUGCCUCAGAGGAGUGUUUCUGUUUAUAAUUCUAUGGUUGUGGCGUACUCUCGUGGAAACAACCCAGAUGAAGUUUUGCGGAUUUAUGAUCAGAUGAUAGCUGAAAGGGUUCAACCAGAUAGCUCAACGUUUACUAUGACGAUCAAAGCGUGCUUGAGUUGUAUGGCUUUAGAGAAAGGAGAGGCUGUGUGGAGUAAAGCAGUUGAAUUUGGGUAUAAAAAUGAUGUCUUUGUUUGUUCAUCUGUUUUAAAUCUGUACAUGAAGUGUGGGAAAAUGGAUGAAGCCGAGGUUCUGUUUAGAAAGAUGACGAAAAGAGAUGUUAUUUGCUGGACAACAAUGGUGACAGGGUUUGCACAGGCAGGAAAGUCGUUGAAGGCAGUUGAUUUUUACAGAGGAAUGCAAAAUGAAGGAUUUGGUAGGGAUAGGGUUGUGAUGUUGGGUGUGUUACAAUCUUCUGGUGAUCUCGGGGAUAUGAAAAUGGGCCGUUCGGUUCACGGGUAUUUGAUUAGAACAGGUGGUCCUAUGAAUGUUGUAGUUGAAACCAGCCUUGUUGAUAUGUAUGCUAAGGUUGGGUUUAUAGAGCUUGCUUCUAGGGUGUUUAGUAGGAUGAUGUUUAAAACCACAGUUUCGUGGGGGUCGUUGAUCUCUGGAUUUGCUCAAAAUGGAUUAGCCAGUAAUGCUUUUGAUGCAGUUGUGGAGAUGCAGAGCCUUGGGUUUCAACCGGAUCUAGCAACUCUUGUUGGAGUACUCGUGGCGUGUUCGCAAGUAGGGUCAUUAAAGACUGGUAGAUUGGUACAUUGUUACAUUCUGAAAAGGCACGUUCUUAAUCGAGUAGCUGCGACUGCAUUGAUGGACAUGUACUCAAAAUGCGGCGCUCUUUCAACGUCAAGAGAAAUCUUUGAACAAGUAGGAAAGAAAGACUUGGUUUGUUGGAACACAAUGAUAUCUUGUUAUGGAAUCCAUGGAAACGGUCAAGAAGUUGUAUCGAUGUUCCUCAAAAUGAGGGAAUCAAACAUAGAACCUGACCAUGCCACGUUUACAUCGCUUCUCUCUGCUCUCAGCCACUCGGGUUUCGUAGAACAAGGCCAACACUGGUUCAGCGUCAUGAUAAACAAAUAUAAUAUCCAGCCGAGCGAAAAACACUUCGCCUGUAUGAUUGAUCUUCUCGCUCGUGCAGGGAGAGUUGAAGAAGCUCUUGAGAUGAUAAACUCGACCCAACUUGACAACGCUUUGCCUAUUUGGGCUGCUCUUCUUUCAGGAUGCAUCAGUCACAGGAAUCUAUCAGUUGGAGACAUCGCGGCCAACAAGAUUCUCCAGCUGAAUCCAGAUAGCACAGGGAUCCAAACCCUGGUCUCUAACUUCUUUGCAACUGCCAAUAAGUGGAAGGAAGUGGCUAAAGUGAGGAAGUUGAUGAGAAACGGGGCCAUGGAGAAGGUACCAGGCUACAGCGCGAUCGAAGUAAACGGAAAGCUUUGCUCCUUUCUCAUGGAAGAUCUGAGCCACCAUGAACAUUAUCACAUAUUACAAGUGUUGAGAAACUUGAAUACUGACAUGACGAAGGCAUAUACACCCAUUUCUGAAUCUGUCAUUUCCAAUUAGUAAGUACUGCUCAUGAUAAUAUCACUCAUUUCCCAUAUGCCUGGAUCAUCCGAAUUCAUUAGUAAAACUAUGUUUUUGGUAUAA